UUUUGACAUAUUAGCUCGCCAUUCUAGGUUAUGUUAUGAAAUUAAUGAACUUUAUUUAUUUAUUCUAUCUUUAUUAAAAUAAUUGCUACUCCUGGUUAUAAUUUGUGUUAAGUAGAGUUGUUUUUCUCUUCUAACCAUGUCUAAAUCAGUAGCAAGACUUAAGUCUAUGAAGAAAGUUGCUGAUAAGAUUGAUCAUUCUUCUAAACUAAGAACCAAUAUUCCUGCUGGAAUGGCUGCUGCUGGUCCACCUUUAGGGCCUAUGCUUGGACAGCGAAACAUUAACAUAGCUGCGUUUUGCAAAGACUUCAAUGAGAAGACUGCAAAUAUUAAGCAAGGAAUACCGUUGCCGACUAGAGUGAAAGUGAAUCCUGAUCGAUCAUACCAGCUGACGAUUCAUCAACCACCAGCAAGUUAUUUUCUUAAGCAAGCAGCUGGGAUCAACAGGGGUGCCAUGGAAUCUGGAAAGGAGAUAAGUGGAAAGAUCACAUUCAAGCAUUUGUAUGAAAUAGCUAAAAUAAAGCAGCAAGAUCCCCCUCUGGAGUGGAGACCGCUGAAGGAGAUCUGCACAAUGCUCAUUGCCACGGCCAGGACUUGUGGGAUUCAAAUAGUUAGAGAUUUAGACGCUAAGGAAUAUGGAGAAUUUUUGGCAGAAAGAAAGCUAGCUGUAGAGGAACAGAAGAAACAACUCCAAGAAAAGAGAGAAGCUAAAAUGUUACGAACUGCGUAGACCUGCUAGUCUGACUGUUAGAAAACUGUUAUAAUUAGUUUAAAUAUAGAGUUAUACAAUA